GAAACACUAAAAAUACAUUCAUAUUUACAUUAAAUGAAUAAAAAAUUACAAUUACAUCAAAUAAUAAAUUUAAUAUAUGAAUGUAUGUAUGUAUAUAAAAAAAUAAUUAAAUAUUUAAUAAUGAUGUCAAUUUUAUAGUUCGGCAUAAACUUUAAGGACAAAGAUGACAAUUUACAUAUAUUUCUUCUAUGGUAUGUGUAAGAAACAGCAUAUCUAUGAUGGUUUUUAAAAUAUUAUACAUAUGUUAGCUAUUUCGAUAUUUCCUUUAGUUUCCUUCUCUGCCAGUUAGUGUGACAAUUUCAAAUUUACUACAACUUUGUAAAUAUUUAUUUACACCUUUGCAAAAAAAAUUUAAAUAAAUAGUUCCAAAACCAUGGCAACAUGAAAUUAACAUGCUUGAUUUUCCCUGAACCUUGUUGCCUGUCUGUCUGUCUUCUUCUCUACAUAUGUCUGUCGUUAUGUCAAUUCGUCUGAUUACUGUAUAUUACAACACAAUUGAAAAUAAUUGAUUCAAUUAUUUAUCCUUUUGCACGGUCUGCAUGUGAUUGUAGGCGACUCUAUACCAUUGCACAUCAGCCAUGUAUCAGUGCCUUUAAUAAAAUAAUAAAGAAAAACAAAAAAAAAGAGUGAAUCGAGUGAAUAUAAAUUUUGAUUUGUUAGAAAUAAUCAUGAACAAAUUAAAUUCAGGCGUUUCAUAUAACAGUGGCACGUCUUCAGAGACAAGCGAAACCCAGAGUGUUGAGGAAAAUCAGCAAAGCGAUAGUGUUACGCCAAGUGGCACGAAUACACCACCAAUACAAAGUUCUGGUAGUAGAAUACCCAAGAGUUGGAAACGUAUGAAGGACUCAAGUCAGGAUAAAGAUGCCGAAUCUAAACGUCCACCAUGGCGAGCCGUUAGUAUAUCAACCUUACCCAAACCAGAUAAAAAUGCCAUUUUGAGGGCAAAACUAUUGGAUGCUUCAAGACGAUUAAGGGCUACUAAAACAGCAGUUGGCGUACAAACCGAUACAGUACCCACAAAAUUGAUGAAAGAAGUCAGUCUAGGAGCUCAAACUGAUUUAAUAUUAUAUAAAGAAGUUGGCAUGUUAACGGAUGGAUCAUAUGCCAAACGAAGAGAUGGAACAGAGGAAUAUAUUUUAACCUACUCAGUACCACUUAUGACCGACACCAUUGAGACGGCCAAUGUUGCAACGCAAACUUUAAUACCGCGGUUACCGGGUGAUGCAUUUCUUGAAGCUUGCAUAAAACCCUCAGAUCCGUAUGAUCCCAAAUUAUUACAGCAAUGUUCUGAUUCUGAAAGAAAAUUACUAAAACAGCUGACAAAAAUACGAAAAACCAUUAUACCACUAACAGCUAAAUUUAAUGAAGUUGUCAGCGAGGAGGAGCCCUCAGAAAAUGAUUCGCACACAGAUACGGAUACUGAUAACACAACGGACACCAUUAAAUCCACGGGCACAAAGUUGUCACACGAAUCCAGUAAUAAGUUUCCCUACACAACUUACCGCUCCAGUUUACUGAAACCCACACAUUUAUCCUGGUAUUUUGAGUAUGACAAUGAUUUGGCAAGUGAAGAUAAAUUUCAUCCCUACACCAUAACGCCCCACAAGCCUUGGAGUAGUUUUAUGCCAUUGUCAUUGAGACCAUACCCCGGAUUCGAUUUGAAUAUACUGUUGGUAGCAAUAGAUGAACUGAUUGAAGAAUCAAAUCGUCUAGCCGACAGAAUUGAAGAAAUGUCCAAGACACGUAAUCAAACUGAGGCAACACAAAUCUUUGGCUUUAAGGAGAAAGUUAAAGCAUUUGUACCAAUUGUUUAUGAGCCACCCUCGGAGUACUGGUUGCCCAUAAUUGAGGAACAAGAGAAAGUUUUGGCGGAAUUAAAAAGUUUUAAAGGUGCAGAUAUUAAGAAAUUCGAGGAAUAUAUUGAAAAGUUAGAGUAAAUCUUCUUAAAAAUUAAA